GGGGGCGGUUUGAGCGGCAGCGCCCGGCGCGGCGGCGGCUCCGCGGUUCCGGCACGAUGCUGCCCCUGUCGUUGCUGAAGACGGCGCAGAACCACCCCAUGCUGGUGGAGCUGAAGAAUGGAGAGACGUACAACGGGCACCUGGUGAGCUGUGACAACUGGAUGAACAUCAACCUGCGGGAGGUCAUCUGCACCUCACGGGAUGGUGACAAGUUCUGGAGAAUGCCGGAGUGUUACAUCCGUGGCAGCACAAUUAAAUACCUUCGGAUCCCCGAUGAAAUAAUUGACAUGGUGAAAGAAGAGGUGGUCUCCAAGGGCAGAGGCCGUGGUGGGAUGCAACAGCAGAAGCAACAGAAAGGCCGUGGUGUUGGAGGUGCUGGACGAGGUGUGUUUGGUGGCCGUGGCCGAGGAAUACCGGGCAGUGGAAGAGGCCAGCAGGAAAAAAAGCCAGGCAGGCAAUCAGCGAAGCAGUGAGGGGCUGCAUGAGCCCCGGCCAGGGACAGUGCCACAGUGCUCCUCAGUUUUAUCACCUCAGGAUUGCCGUGAGUUCAGAAGUGUUCAAUCUCUGCUCCUCCGUCAGCCGAUCCAUGCCCGAAUCAUGCUGUUUGGAAACCCCUCGCUAUUGAAGCUGCUAAAGUGAAGUUCUUGGCUCCUUUUAGCCAACCAGUCUGUAAUUGGACAUGUUUAAAAAGCCAAAGCAAAAGUUAAGGACCCGACUUCAGCCCUCCCGAAUGUGUUGGGAUCGCCAGGUUUAAUUCACAGGGAUCUCCUGCACGCUGUGGGAUCUGAGAUCAGGCUCAGCUGUGUGGCUGGCUGGUUUCUCACUUUGUUUUGUUUUUUUUUAAUACUCGAAACAUUGGCAACGCGUUGCAUUCCUGACAGGCACGGCGUUUUGGUUCAAAAACACUGACCGUGAGGCUAUGGGAUCUGUAGGUCAUGGGGGUGGUUUGGUUGUGUUUGAACAAAACAAGCUUCCAGGCCGCCUCCUUACCCUCUGCUUUGGGCAGUCAGUCCGGCUCUGACCGUGGCUUAAAAGGAGAACCAGCACAGAUUUCACUUUGGGCUUCAAGGGUUGUUUCCAAGAGGGCUUUGUGACGAGUGAGGGUUUCCCAAUUAGUGUAUACCUAAUUUGACUUCAGAGCAGAAGUUCCCUUGAAAGGAAAUGCUUUUCUAUGUUUUCUUCUGAAAGGCUGCAGCGCCCCUCGCUCCUCCGUUUGUUUUCAGGUUGUUUUCUUUUUUUCCUCCUGAAGGCACUUGAGCUGUUAAGGUGAACUGCUUGGUUUCCUUCUCCCCACGUCGAAUGCUCUCUCCCUUGUGCCCAUGACACAGUGUCUGAUUCCUGAGCUACAGCAGCACUUGCCAGGCAUGUUUCUUGUGAUGUGCAGGGAUUGCCUUCGCUGCCAUUAAUUGUCAUUUCGUUUUCUGGGAGCUGCUCAGACCUUCUCCCUCGGGGAGGGAGGGAGUGUUCCCCUCCUGAAGGUCCUUUGGGCCUUCAGCUCAGGCUGCUCUGAGUCCUCCAUCCCACGGGGUGCGGAGAUCCACGAGCAAAACACACCCCGAUAGAAUCACGGCUGAUCCCAAAUGAAAGUCUGUAUGGGGGGGGGGGGGGGGGGGGGGGGGGGCGACAAAGGGGCUCUGGGCCUUGCCUGAACUCUGAGAGUGACUGAAAUAGUUUAAUUUUGAGGUAAAAGCAGAUAUUGUAACUCGUUCUUAAAA